UCAUUAUUUUCUAUCCGUUGUUCCCAAUGGUCUCUGUCAGUGGUAGAACCAGUUUUGUGCUCUGGAAAUUCUUCAUUUCUGAAGAAGCAAGCAGUGAUGUUACAGGUAAGUCCCUUCUGGCUGAAGAAGAUGAGUCUGAGAGACAGCUGUACCUUUAUGCCUGUUUAGUUGUGGUGUCUUCAUCUUGCAUGGACCGAAUGUGUCUGGACUGGGAGUUGGACUCAACAAUCCUUGUGACUUCCUUGCCACUUGAAAUAGUCUAGAAUUGCCAGACUGGACCACAGUCUGCUCUCAUUUCUUUCUUGCUUUGUCCAGCAUGGUUUGAGCAGUUGGCAGCAAGCACAGAUGGAGGAGGGCCUCGAAUGUAUUCCUCAGAAUAGAUGUGUUGGGAGUGGAGGGCACGUUUUCAGGGAAAAUGCCGUGGGUUUAGGUUGGUAUGUAUUUCUGGGUGGAUCAUGGUGUUGAGUGAGAGGUAUUCCUUGGGGGCUAAUGCCUCUGAGUAUGGAAGUUGUUGCUGUGUUUUUCUGGCAGAGCUUUCCUGUCACCCUGAUUUUGAACACUUCUCUAAACCUUCUGUAAUGUUCUUGAUAUUGGAGUCAGAAUUUUUACUUUUUCGCAGUUGCUACUAUAAGCAAUGGCGAUGUUUUCCCGUCCUUCAUUGUUUACAUAUUUCUAAGUGGGAGGAGAAAGUUGAUUAACAACUGGCUUGACCAUUGUGGUUUGAGAGGUGGAAUUCCAUCCUCCAAUCCAGAGGCCUCAUAGGAAAUGUAUAAAUUGAGUUUUGUAAAAAAACUUGGCCACUUUUGUCCUGCUCUGCACACCUGCGUGUCCUCGUGUGGUUCUUUUUGUGUCAUCUCUGACCCCUGCCUGAGAGGAGAAGCAAGAGCUUGUCAUUCAUCAAGCAGGUGGAAAAUGAGUUAGGAAGAACAGCUGUUCAUUGAAAUACGUGAAGAAUUCUUAGGAACUGUGGUUGCACUGUGCAUUUUCAGUGUUCGUGGCAGAAUGGUGUGCUGGGCUGGGAUGCAUUUGAGUUCCAAAGGGAGAGAAUUCAUGGAAUGUUUGUGGUUAUUGCAGCCUGUUUGCACUGAGGUCGUGGAACUUGGGGAUUGCUCCUCUGAUUCCAAGGGAGGUGUAUUCUUUUUCUGGUGUAGUACAGCUGUUCUUUGUCACGUUUUUGCCUUGCUGUGUUAUUUGCUGGUCCAGGAGGGGACUGGAGUGUGAGGAGUGUGGCUUUGCUGGUGAUGGGGAGGGAAAGGGAGAGGAGGUGUAGGGACAAUCUCUGUACUUGACUUUUUCUGGAGGAAAUCAGGACAGUGGUUCCUCAUCAGGAGGCCUGCAAGGUCCCCAUGAGCACUCCCAUAAAAGGGCAGGUCUCUGAUGCAUGAAGAGGAUGAUGUAGACAUUUAGAAAUCAUUUUGUUUAGGAAACAUUUUGCUAAAGGGAAAAUUAAAGGUAUGGAUGCAGAAGAGGACUCAAGGAGGGUAGUGUGAGGCAUGAAAGAAAAAGGAACAGACAGGAAAGAAAGGUAAGUAAAGGAAUAAAAGAAGAGAAAGGCAAAGGAAUCUCUGCAAGUGAAAAAAUCAAGCAAGGAAGAAAGAGCAAAGAGGAAAGAAGGGAUGACAGAGGAGAUUAUAUGCACACACCAACAUUAUCUCUGCAUGCACCAACAUUAUCUCUACAUGCUCUGUGCAGUCGAGGAUCUCUGUGUCCUCGGUACUGAGGAACCCUGUGCAAGCCUCGAUGAGAAGUGAUGAGGAACAGGAAUCAGAGGUUUUAUGUAAUGGUGUGGCUGCACUCCCUGGUGACAACGGUGUAGUCAUGUAAAAAAAACUGUAAUAAAAUAGAAAAAGAGUAUGCAGCAAGGAAAGAACGGACAGCGAGGGAAGAACAAGGAGAAAAGAAAAGAAAAGAAAAGAAAAGAAAAGAAAAGAAAAGAAAAGAAAAGAAAAGAAAAGAAAAGAAAAGAAAAGAAAAGAAAAGAAAAGAAAAGAAAAGAAAAGAAAAGAAAAGAAAAGAAAAGAAAAGAAAAGAAAAGAAAAGAAAAUUAAUUGAAUGUGCAGGCAUAGAGCAAUUUUUUCUCUCUACACAAAAAGGAUGAGGUGGGGGAGAGACAGGAAAAGAAAUGAGUGAAAGAAGGAAGGUGAGAAAGAGGAGAAAUCAAGAGGGGGUAAGUCAAGGACGUUACCAGGAUGUACCGACGUUCUCUUCUAACGCUGAGUGCAGUUGGUCUCCUGUGAUCUCCCAUUCGCUGCUGUCCCGUGUGGAGGAGAUGAUGCCCCGUAAUUCGAGCUCCUGAUUCCGUUAUGGAGUGCCUCGAUCGCGGCGUCCGAGGUUACCGGCAACAUAGGAGCAGAGUCAUGAAAGAGACGGAUGGAAAUAAAAGGGAGCGGACAGUAAACAUUGGACAGUAAGGGCAAGAGGAAAGUGGAGAAAGAAGAGAAGAAAGAAGCAAAACAGAAUAAAGAGCAAAGAGAUGGAGGCGGCAAGAGACAGGAGUAAAAAGAAAAGAAAAAAGUAAAAAAGAGAAAUUAAAAGAUACGAUUAAAAAUGCAGAGCCAGAGAGGAUGAGGACACGGCAGAGGAGAUGGCCAUGACGGAGCUGUGACUCAGGCGCUGUGCGGAGCGUGUGGGGCGGCGGAGCAGCGCACGGUGUCGCUGCAGGCUCAGGAACGGCGUGCGGGCGGCUCCGCCCCGGUGCGGCGGAGAGCCCGGCUGUGAGCGCGGGGGGGCGGCGCGGGCCGGGCAGCAGAGCCGCUGCGUGCGGGCGGCGGCGGGAGCCGUGCGGGGCCCGUGCCGGGGCCGGCACCAACUGCGGCCACAGCGGCCACAGCGGCGGCGGCGGCAGCGAUGGGCUCGCGUUGGUGUGCGGCGCUGCUGCGGGUGCUGGUGCUGCAGGCGGCCUGGGCGCUGGCGGGCGGGCAGGUGCGGUACUCGGUGGCGGAGGAAGCCAAGGCCGGCACGGUGGUGGGCCGUCUUUCGCAGGACCUGGGGCUGGAGGCGGGCGAGGCGGAGGCGCGGCGGCUGCGGCUGGUGGCGCAGGGCCGGCGGGCGAGCGUGGAGCUGAGCGGGGCGAGCGGCGCGCUGCUGGUGAGCUCGCGGCUCGACCGGGAGGAGCUGUGCGGCAAGAGCGCGCCGUGCGCGCUGCGCCUGGAGGUGCUGCUGGAGCGGCCGCUGCGCGUCUUCCAUGUGGAGCUGGAGGUCACCGACAUCAACGACAAUGCCCCCAUCUUCCCCGCCGCUCGCAGAAACCUCAGCAUCGCGGAGCUCACAACUCUGCCGGGGUCUCGAUUCCCGCUGGAGGGCGCGUCGGAUGCGGAUAUUGGAGCGAACGCGCAGCUCUCCUACACACUCAGCCCCAGCGAGCAUUUCGCUCUGGAUUUACAAAAAACCGAGGAGGACGGUGAGUCCUUAUUCCUGGUGCUCAGGAAAUCUCUGGACCGCGAGACGACUCCCGUGCACCGCUUGGUGCUCACGGCGAGUGACGGGGGCCGGCCGUCUCUGACGGGCACCAUGGAGCUGGAGAUCUCGGUGCUCGAUGCGAACGACAACGCGCCCCAGUUCAACCAGUCCGUGUAUAAAGUGCGGCUGCCAGAAAAUGCAGAGCACGGUAUAUUGGUCGCCAGACUUCAUGCCACGGAUUUGGAUGAGGGGUCGAACAGUAAUGUCUCCUAUUCUCUCCAGACUCUGUUGCCUCAGGAUGGAAAAGACGUUUUCAGAAUUGACAGAAACAGCGGAGAGAUCCGUCUUACGGGUAACUUAGACUUUGAGGAUGUUAGUCUCUAUCGCCUGCAAGUGGACGCGACAGAUAAAGGAAACCCUCCUCUGUCGGGUCACUGCAAGGUGGUGGUGGAGGUGCUGGACGUGAACGACAACGCGCCCGAGGUGCGGGUGACGUCGCUGUCGGUGCCGGUGGCGGAGGACGCGGCGGUGGGGACGGUGGUGGCGGUGCUGAGCGUGUCGGACCGGGACUCGGGGGCGAACGGGCGCGUGCGGUGCUGGGUGUGGCCGGCGUCGCCGUUCGGUGUGGAGGCGACGUUCUCGGGCUCGUACUCGCUGGUGCUGCGCGAGGCGCUGGACCGGGAGCGGGUGUCGGAGUACGAGGUGGAGGUGCGUGCGGAGGACGGCGGGGCGCCGGCGCUGCGCGCCAGCCGCGGGCUGCGGGUGCCCGUGUCGGACGUGAACGACAACGCGCCGGCGUUCGCGCAGGCCGUGUACACGGUGCUGGCGCGGGAGAACAACGCGGCGGGCGCCGAGCUGGCGCGGCUGUGGGCGCGGGACCCGGACGAGGCGGGCAACGGGCGCGUCAGCUACUCGCUGUGGGAGGGCGGCGCGGGCGCGCUGUCGUCGCCGUCGUCGUGGUCGGGGGCGGCGGGCGGCGGGUGGCGGCCGGCGUCGAGCUACGUGUCGGUGGACGCGGAGAGCGGGCGCGUGUGGGCGCUGCAGCCCUUGGACUACGAGGAGCUGCAGGUGCUGCAGUUCGAGGUGCGCGCGGUGGACGCGGGCGAGCCGCCGCUGAGCGGCAACGCCACGGUGCAGCUGUUCGUGCUGGACGAGAACGACAACGCGCCGGCGCUGCUGCCGCCGCCCGCGGGCUCGGCGGCCGAGGCGGGCGGCGCGGCGGCCGAGGCGGCGGCGGCGGGCUGGGGCUCGGGCACGCUGUGGGCGUGGGCGGCGUGGGGGGCGCCGGCGGGCCAGGUGGUGGCCAAGAUCCGCGCCGUGGACGCCGACUCGGGCUACAACGCGUGGCUGCGCUACGAGCUGCGGGAGGCGCGGCCCAAGGGCCCGUUCCGCGUGGGGCUCUACAGCGGCGAGGUGAGCACGGCGCGGCCGCUGGACGAGGCGGACGGCGCUCGCCACACGCUGCUCAUCGUGGUGCGCGACCACGGCGAGCCGGCGCGCUCGGCCACGGCCACGCUCAGCGUGUCGCUGCUGGAGGCGGCCGAGGCGGCGCUGGCCGCGGCCGCGGGAUCGUCGUCGUCGUCGUCGUCGUGGCGGGCGGCGCCGGGCGCCGAGACGGGGCCCAGCGGAGCGAGUGCGGCCACCAACGUGUGGCUGGUGGUGGCCAUCUGCGCCGUGUCGAGCCUGUUCCUGCUGGCCGUGGUGCUGUACGCGGCGGCGCGCUGGGCGCCGCGGGCGGCCGUGCUGUCGGCGCCCGGGCCCACCACGCUGGUGUGCGCCAGCGAAGUGGGCAGCUGGUCGUACUCGCAGCGCCACAGCCGCAGCCUGUGCGUGGCGGACGGCGCGGCCAAGAGCGACCUCAUGGUUUUCAGCCCCAACUUCCCUCCGCCGCCGCCCGGCGCCGCGCCCAAGGACCCGCAGCCGGAGCCCUCCGCUCUCCUCCACACGGUCAGUGCCGAUCCCUUGCUCGCCUUUUCUCUUUCUCUCCCCACUCUGCCGAGUCUCCCCUGCCCCCUUUGCAGUUCCUGCUCUUACCGUGGCUCCGCCCCCGCGGCCUGAGGGCAGCGUAAUUUU